CCUGCGCUUCCAGUACAAGCAUGCUCUCCGGAUGCUUGGACCGAAUCUCGUCGCCUUCACCUUCUCUGUGAGCUGACCUUGACUGCCUCUUACAGUUCCACACAUUUUGUAUUGAUAAUUCCUGCGCUGUACCGCGUUCUCCAUGGCUUCCUCGGACGACAAAUGCAUGCUGCAUAGAUGCAGGUCUCAAAGUGACCCGAACAUCCUCAGUGAGUCGGGCAUCGAUUCCACACACAGUGCAGAUGUGAUGGAGCAGCAGAGGGUGAUGCGCUCCAGCUGCUUGGUGAGCGGUGUGCACACUCCUCCCAUCCGCCGUCACAGCAAGCUGGCUACGCUGGGGCGUCUCUUCCGGCCUUGGAAGUGGAGGAAAAAGAAGAACGAGAAGAUGAAGCAGAGCUCAACAGAUGUGGCCUUGGCCAGUGGCCUCCACUCUCUGAAUAUCAGCUCUCCCAUUCAGAGUGUUUCGGAUGCGGAGCUCCGGCUGCCUGGCUCACAUGGGCCUAUCCUCAGCAUCAGCAGCAUGGAGUAUCUCAGCUCAGAACACGAGCAUCUGCCUACUGUUCCUGAUUUCAUAGAAGAUGGUGGAACAACAGAAGAGUUUAAUAGCACUGAGGAUGAGGAGGAUGAGGACAAGGAGGAAGAGCACACUCCAGUAGAUAAUGAUGACGGCAGAGAUGCUAAUACAGAGGAAAGAGACGAAGAUGAAGAUGAAGUAUCUCAAAGACAGUCUCCUUUGAGCAAUCAUUGCAUUCAGGUCACUCAGCUUAACACUGAGGAAGACCCUGCUAGCUUCACUCUCACAGCAGUGCCUCAGCCCAACUCAUUCCUCCCUAAAGAGGUUCCCAGAGUCCCAGAAGGCCCUAGUCCUGUACUUCUCCGAGGGCCUUUCUCCAAUACAGUGAGUUCACCUCAUAUAGGAACCCUGCAUCCUCCUUUGCCCCCUAGCAGUAUCAUUGAGGAACUGCACCGUGCCCUGGCAACGAAGCUUCGGCAAGAUAGUAUGGAGCGAGAGCCAAGUGGGGAGAUGGAAAGCAGGAAAGAGGCAGAGGAGAACAAGGAGAACAUGAGACAAAGUAACUGCUUCACUGAUGCCUCAGGAAUCAUAUACGACAUCGACAGCUGGAACGAGUCUGUCAUUUCUGGUACACUGCCACGGCGAAUGAGAAAGGAGCUGCUAGCUGUGAAGUUGCGGAAUCGGCCCAGCAAACAAGAGCUGGAAGACAGGAACAUUUUCCCUGUGCGCAGUGACCAGGAGAGACAAGAAAUCCGCCAGCAGAUUGAAAUGAAGCUCGCCAAGAGACUCAGUCAACGGCCGGCCGUUGAGGAGCUUGAGAGCCGAAAUAUUUUAAAACAGCGGAAUGACCAGACAGAGCAAGAGGAGAGGAGAGAAAUAAAACAGAGACUAAAUAGAAAGCUCAAUCAGCGGCCAACGGUCGAUGAAUUGAGGGAGAGAAAGAUCCUGAUUCGCUUUAGUGACUACGUAGAGGUUGCUAAAGCCCAGGAUUAUGACAGGAGAGCCGACAAACCCUGGACUAGACUAUCUGCAGCUGACAAGGCUGCCAUCCGGAAAGAGUUGAAUGAGUUCAAAAGCACUGAGAUGGAGGUACAUGCAUCAAGCAAGCACCUAACAAGGUUUCACAGGCCGUAGAAAAGGGUUUUCUUCUGUGAAGAAAGUUAAAAUAGACAUACAAUGGCGAAAUCCUGGAGAUGACGUCAUCCAUGGGAAGUGCUUAUUCUUCCACCUUUCCUGGUCUUGGGUGCAGUUAAUGACUGAAGCACCAAAGCAGGGGCACAGCACCUUGAGGAAAGAACAGCAGCUGUGGACCUCCGCUCUGAGGCUGGAGAAGAGGGGCCGUUAUGAAAGGAUUUGUGAUGUUAAAACUGAGUUUUUAAAUAACUGCUGAAAGAAAUCAACUCUGAGUGAAUGUUUGUGUGCAUGUGAGAUCCACUUUAAUGGAAAGAAAAAA